AUGUCUCAGCAAACUGUUUUCCGCCUGAAGGAGGCCCUGGGUCCGUCUGGCUACGUCAAGCUCCGUGAAUCCGUCCCUUCCCCAAAGGCGCAUGAAGUCCUGGUCCGCAUCCACGCGGCGUCUCUCAAUUUCCGCGAUUACGCUGUCUCCAAGGGUCUAUAUCCCUUCCCCAUCAAGGCCGAUGUCGUCCCAGGGAGCGACAUGGCCGGGGAGGUCGUCUCUGUCGGCGAGGGCGUAGCGGGCUUCAAAGUCGGUGACCGCGUCAGUGCCAAUUUCGACCCGACGCACUUCUUUGGCCCGCAGCCUAAUUGGAAGGGCGGCCUCGGUGCGCCGAUUGACGGUGUCCUGCAAGAGUACCGGGCGUUUGACGAGCACGGUCUUCUCCAUAUUCCGAAACAUCUGACGUGGGAGGAAGCGGCCUGCAUCCCAUGCGCGGGCGUUACCGCUUGGAACGCACUAUAUGGCGGUAUUCCUCUUAUCGCUGGACAGACCGUAUUGUUGCAAGGAACUGGCGGCGUCUCUAUGUUCGGCCUGAUCCUAGCUCAUGCUGCUGGUGCCAAGACAAUUAUCACCUCUUCAUCUGACGAGAAGCUUGAGAUUGCGAAGAAGCUAGGUGCCACGCACACCAUCAACUAUAAGAAACAGCCCAACUGGGAUGAGGUCGCUCUUGAACUUACAGACGGCGAAGGGGUUCACCAUAUAUUUGACAAUGUCGGCGCGCGAGAGAUCGAGAGAUGCUUCAAUUGCGUCGCGGCCGGAGGAACGAUCAGCAGCAUCGGGUUCCUUGGCGGCCAGCCGACAACAAGCCCGAAUGUCCCCGGCCUUGCUCUUGCAAAGGGCGCCAUUCUUCGAGGAAUCAAUGUUGGAUCGAAGCAGUUGCACAGCGACCUCCUUCGAUUUGUCGCGACCAAGCAGCUGAGGCCAUACAUCGACAAGGUCUUCCCUCUCGACCAAUUCCCUGAAGCCGUCGAAUACUUAUCCCGGGGCGAACAUAUUGGCAAGAUCGUCAUCCGUGUCUCUUCUCCCUGAAUUCUCAGAAUCUCUUUCUACGUUUUGUUGGCCCGCGACGUGCUGAUAGUUGUACGCUAUUUGGACGAGUAUGUAGCCUUCUGGUAAAGUUGUAAGCAAUGUAAGCAGUGAUUGUUUGGUU